AUGGAUACAAAUUUUAAGCUAUCGAAUUACAUUGGAACUGUGUAUCGAGAUGGCCAGGUUGCAUUCAGUAAAGAUGGUUAUUCAGUAAUAUCUCCUAUCGGCAACAAGUUAUCCAUAUUUGAUCUCAAAAACAAUGUUUCAAAAACUUUGGAUGUCGAUUGCAAGUUCAAUAUCAAAAAACUAUCUAUCAGUCCAUCUGGCUUCCAUCUUCUUGCUGCAGAUGAACGCGGUGACGUACACUUCAUUCAUUUAUUAUCCGAAGUCAAAGUUUACACAUUCCGCAGUAACAGAACCAUCGGAGCCGUUCAAUGGUCACCUGAUGCAACAAAAAUUGCCACAUGCCGAGAGAACGAUCUACAGAUUCAUGACACUGGGAGUUGGUUCAAAAAUAAAACAUUCAACCCAUUCUCACUUGCCAGAACAUACAAAUUGAGCAGUGAACAACUGAGAUCAGUAAGUUGGUCCGAUGAUUCUAAUCUUCUCGUUACCGGCGGAGAUGAUCGGGUAGUUCGAGUUGUGGGAGCAAAGGAUUUCAAAAACUUGUUCAUUCAUCCAUUGGCUUCUCACAAAGGAAAUAUUGUCAACUGCCAGUUCUUGAAAGGUUCUUACGACAUGAUCUCAGUCUGUAAACGUGGUCUCGCUAACGUUUGGACCUGCAACAUUCGUCCCGGAGAGUUAGAAGAAGGUAUCUGGAAGAAGGACGAUGAAGAUGCAGAAGAUGUUGAAAUGGAUGAAGACAACAAAGUCGAAAAAAUUUUCUUCGAAAAGACAAAGAAAUAUUGGCUGUCAGAAUCAUCUGGAUCUGGAAAAUCUGUUGACGUCACAGCUUCAAAUUUCCACAAGGAAACUAAUAUUCUGGCAACGGCGUUCAACAACGGAGUCAUCGUUUUACACGAAAUUCCUACGUUCGCCCUUAUUCACAAUAUCCGAGUUUCUGAGAUGAGAAUUCAGACAGUUGCUUGGAAUCUUUCUGGUGACUGGCUUGCAAUCGGCUGCGGAAAAGGUUCAACAGCUCAACUUGUUAUCUGGGAAUGGCAAUCAGAAUCAUAUGUCAUGAAGCAACAAGCGCAUUCUCUAAGAAUCACUACUGCCGAAUAUUCACCAGAUGGUGCUCUCAUUGCGACGGGAGCUGAAGAUGGAAAAGUAAAAAUUUGGAACUCGCGAUCUUCAUUCUGUACAGUCACUUUUGAUGAGCACACUUCUGGUAUCACUGCCGUGAAAUGGAUACAAUCUGGUAGAGCUAUUCUCAGUGCCUCGCUUGAUGGAACAGUUCGAGCACAUGAUCUCAAACGUUAUCGUAAUUUCCGUACUCUUGUAUGUCCUGAACCAACUCAAUUGGCUACUUUGGCUGUUGACAAAGCAGGAGAUUUAGUUAUUGCUGGCGCGAAAGAAGUUUUCAAUAUCUACAUUUGGUCGUUUGAAACCGGCCAUCUAUUGGAUAUUCUCUCAGGACAUGAGUCAGCGAUCUCAUCAAUUGAUAUUCAUGGAAAUCAUAUCGUCAGUGGAUCAUGGGAUAGAACUAUCAAAGUGUGGACAGUUGUUGAUUCACAAGCAGAAACAGUUGAAGUAUCUCACGAGGCUCUUGAUGUCAAAUUUUCACCUGCUGGAGAUACUAUCGCUGUUCUCACUUCAGAUGGAGUAAUCACAUUUUUCGAAGCGAAAGAGAUGCUGAAUUUGGGCACGAUUGAUACAAAGCUGGACACAGAUCCAGCACGUGCUUCACGUGACACAAUCACUCGUCAGUCAGCAGCUAAAACUAAAACUUUCACAAAAAUUCGGUUCUCACCUGACGGAAAUUUGCUUUUGGUUGGAGGAGAGUCAAACAACUUCUGUAUCUAUUCAGUUCCCGAUCGUUUGAUUCUGAAAAAAUGGAAAAUUACCGAGAAUCGUAGUCUUGACGGCGUCGUUCUUGACUUCAAUCGUCGAAAUUUUACCGAAUUCGGAAACAUGCAACUUGUUGACACUUCCGAUGAAGAGGACGAUGAACCUGACAACAAAAUGACCAUCAAACUGCCAGGAACCAAAAAUUUCGAUUUGGGAGAAAGAAGAUCUCGUCCUGAAGUGAAUAUUUACGAAGUGACAUACUGUCCGACUGGAAGAAGAUUCGCUGUCUGCUCAACAGAAGGUGUUGCCGUUUUCUCACUGGACACUGUGUCUAUGUUCGAUCCAUUCCAAUUAGACAGUCAAACUAACUCCAAUCUCAUCAGAAAAGCACUUUGGAGUAAUGACUAUUCGACUGCUUUGAUGGGUUCUCUACGACUCAAUAAUUCACAAUAUAUCACUGAUUGCUUAGAAUCGACCAGUAUUACACAGAUUCCACUCGUGGCCAGUUCUCUUCCGCUGCUUUAUGCCGAACGUCUGUUGAAAUGGAUGGUGGAAGGAAAUGUUAUGUCAUCGACACGUCACGUUCAUUUCUAUAUGAUUUGGCUUCGAGCGAUUCUUCAAGAACAUGGAAUGAAACUGAAAGGACGCGCCGACGUGGCAACACUAACUGGAAUCCAACAAAUUGUUGCUCAUCAUCAACAACAUAUUACCAAACUUGCCAACCAAAACAAGUUUUCCUUGAAUUGGCUUGUCAAAAUACGUCAAUCGAAACAAUCCGUGAAGAAGGAAGAUGAAGACGAGGGAGUGACAUCUGAUGAUGCGUCGGAUGAAGAAGAAACCGAGGCAAGCGAUGAGGAGGAGGUCGAAAGUGAUUCGGAUGUGCAAAUUAUGGAAGGAAGUGAUGAAGAGUAG